CCUCAAGACGAUCAAGACCACCAAGACGAUCGCACAACCCCCGUAUCGCACAAUCAUCACCCCGACCUCUGAGCAGAGUCAACGACAUCAUGAGCGGAAAGAAGCGCGGCCUCUCGAUGGAAGAGAAGCGGACCAAGCUCAUGGAGAUCUUCUUUGAGACAAAGGACUUUUGGCAGCUCAAGGAGCUGGAAAAAAUGGCUCCUAAGAUGAAGGGGAUAGUCACCCAGUCAGUUAAAGAAGUUCUCGACGGGCUUGUGUCCGAUGCCAUGGUCAACACCGAAAAGAUCGGAACCUCCAACUAUUUCUGGGCGUUCCCGAGCGCCGGCCUGCAGACGCGCAAGCGGAUCCUGGACGACCUGACAUCCGAGCAUGCCUCUCUCGAGAAGAAGAAGAAGGAGUUGGAUUCGCAGAUCGAGGCCGCUCGGAGUGGCCGCGAGGAUUCGGAUGAGCGUGACGAGAUGCUCAAGGAAAUCCAGCAGCUGGAACGCGAACAGGCAGCGUACAAGGACGAGCUACAAAAGUUCAAGGACUGCGACCCGGCCGUGCUGAGGGAGCAAGAAAAAUAUACAAAUCAGGCUCGUCUCGCUGCAAACCGGUGGACAGAAAACAUCUUUGCUCUGCAGUCGUACUGCGCGCAAAACUUCAACAUAUCCUCCCAGCAAUUCUAUGAAUCUUUCGAUCUGCCUCAGGACUUUGACACCCUCUAGCCAUUCGAACCCAGCCGAUGCGUCAGAGGAUAGUUCACGCGGCGGCGCCUAUCAACCGAAAGUGGAGCAAGGUCGCUGUUCCACCGAGCCGCUGCAUUGAUUCAUUGGCUGUUUCUUCGCCAGCAGCUAUGCUGGGGAAGCCGGCCGACUGCGAUGUCAACAGCGACGCUGUGCUUUGUACGCCGUUACAUUCAAGACCGUA